UUCUUAUCUGUGACUGAAACCUUAAUCAAUGGCGUCACUGUAAAAGAUCCAACCCGCUACCAGCUACGUUCAGUUUGUAGUUUCUUGGCGUAUUUCGUGUAUUACAAUUCAAUAUUAACAAUUAUUUAACUAUAGUGUAACUAAACGCAAUUCCAAGGUUCACUUCAAGGUGCUAUGAACAUCAAAUUACAUGAACAAUUUUGAAUUAGUCAAAAUAAAAGAAAGAGAGGAAUAAAAUAAAAAUCAUAGACAACAUUCAAAAUGCAAACAAUAAAAUGUGUUGUGGUUGGAGAUGGUGCAGUGGGUAAAACAUGCUUGCUGAUCAGUUAUACUACCAACAAGUUUCCCUCCGAGUAUGUACCCACAGUGUUUGACAACUAUGCUGUGACUGUCAUGAUUGGAGGGGAACCUUACACUUUGGGCCUCUUUGAUACUGCAGGUCAGGAAGAUUAUGAUAGACUGAGACCUCUUAGCUAUCCACAAACUGAUGUUUUCCUUGUAUGCUUCAGUGUGGUUAGUCCAAGCUCGUUUGAAAAUGUUAAGGAAAAGUGGGUACCAGAAAUAACUCAUCAUCAGCAAAAGACACCUUUCCUUCUGGUGGGAACUCAAAUAGAUUUAAGAGAUGAUCCUGCUACUAUGGAGAAAUUAGCAAAAAUAAAACAGAAACCUGUUUCGCUCGAGCAGGGUGAGAAACUUGCAAAGGAGUUGAAAGCGGUGAAAUAUGUUGAAUGCUCAGCUCUUACUCAGAAAGGGCUAAAGAAUGUUUUUGAUGAGGCAAUUCUAGCUGCUCUGGAGCCUCCGGAGCCAGUAAAGAGAAGGAAAUGUGUUCUGUUGUAAUAUGUCACAGUAUUUUUUGUGGCUUACCAUCAAAAUGAUCACAGCGAUUAUGCAACCUGCAUAAGAUAAAACACUAUGUUCAUCUUAUUUUUAUUAUUAUUACUAUUAAAUACGCCAUAACAAAAAAAAUAAAUAGCAAUAAAUAUAAAUAGAAAUAAGUCUUGUGCUACAGUAUCCUAUUUAGGCUUUUAAUAUUUUUAAUAUAUUUGAUAACCAUGAUAAGGCAAAUUUAUAUGAUUUCAUUUACGAUUAUAAAAUAUUAACAUUUAUAAGUCAUUUGUACCUAUGAAUAGAGUAUUAUAUAAAACAAUUUUGAUACCUUAUAACCUAUACCAACUUGAUAGUUUUACUAACCAUAACUGUUAUGUAGUGGUUAUAUGCUUUUAAUCACAAGACUCAUGUAUAUUUACAUUAUUUAUUGUUCUUAUGAGUUGUUUGCAUAUUUGUAAUUUAAGAAUAUAUUUUCCUUAGAGGUGGGAAUAUUCAUUAAGACUUGAUGGUUUCAUUAUUCAUAAUUACAUCAUAGUCUUAUAUACAAAUAGAGAACAGAAGAAAAUACAAGAGCAAUGUCUUCCUCUGACCUGAUUGAUUGAAUGAACUAAUUUUUGUAAUUAAUAAAAAUAAUAUAAUAGUUGGUGGUUACUCCCAUCAUAUUUUAGGAUGCUUUAAAUUUUUUUAACGCAGAACCUUCAUGAAAGAUACAUUGUCAAAUAAACAUCCUUAAUCAAGCAAUUUCAUUUCUAUUUAAAGAUUUGUUAUUGAACAUAUAUUCCGUGACUUUAGAAAAUUGAUGACAUCUGAAUAUUCCACCUCCUAAUAAUUAUCAUUAUGAGUAAUUUGAUUUAAAAAAUAAACGUUUGCGAUGGAUUUCUAGGUUUAACCAUAAAGGUUUCAUAACGAUUAAUUUGAUUAAAGUUGAUGAAAUUACUGAUACACUGCGUAUCACUAAUGUUAUCAGGGGUUUACUAUACAGAGUAUAUUAUGGUGUGAAUAUCAAUUAUUAGAGUUAAUCUUUAGUAAUGUAGCAUUUUAUCACAAUAAUAUGCUUUGUGAAUUUUGACUGAAUUAAAAGUAUUCAUUCCAUAGGA